UAACUCAAUCGCUGGAAGCUGACCAAGUGGCCAGGAGGAGGGCCAAGAGCAGUCGCUUGAUCUCGUGCUGCUGCAUGCGCCACUCCACGCGGACAUUGGACAGCGAAGUUGUCCAGCUUGGAGAGGUGGAAACAGUCAUUGCAGGUGAUCUUCAACAGGUGCCACAUCGUCCGCCCCUGAAGCUGUCCAGCUCCUUGCCGAGCACGCCCCAAUUGGGACAACGGGUGGUGCGCGGACGUGGCUACAAGAAGCUGUCGUGGAAUGAAGAGCUACAGCGCCAGCCAGGCGAAGCCACAAUGAUUACCCAGGGCCAGGAGGCCAGGGGUGGUCCCCAGUUGACCUAUCACCACCACAACAGCAACAUCAACAAUAAUAAUACUAAUAACAUAAAUAAUAAUAACAACAACGAUGAUGAGUAUGAUCCCAUUGCCAAAUAUUUUGCCAACACGCAGCAGCAGCAGCAGCAGCAACAUCUUCAUCAUCUUCAGACGGAGCAACAGCAUCGAAAGCUAUCUCCUGGCAUCGGCACAAAAAGCUCACGGAUUCUAUGCGAGAAUUGCUGUGGCGAGAGGCAACAAGUUGGCAGCUCCAUGGACCGCCGCCAAGAGCAGCAUCAUCAGCGGCAACAGCUGCCGUUUGGGGACUGCGAUUCAGUGUCCGAUUUGUCGUCGUUUCGCUUUGUCUUCGAUGGGGAGGAAGUCGAUGCCACCCCGAGGCGCGUAUUAGUCGAUGCCCAUUAUGAGGAUGAUGCCGCUGACGAACUCGAUGACGUUGCGCGGCGGCCGGUUAUAGAAAUAGAAAAGCGCCAUCGGAAUACAUCAACAACGAAAACGGAACAAUCAACACGACAGCAGCAGCAGCGGCCAACAACAGCAGCAACAGCAACAGCACAGGCAUCAAGAGGAGCAACAGAAGCGACUGAGGCGUCAUCGCCAGUGUUGUCCCUGUCAUCUGAAAUCAGCGACGAGUCACCAGCAAUUUGUUGUUAUACAAUUGACAAAAAACUGUCACAGCAUCCGCAGCAACAGCAGCAGCAUCUACAACACCUACAUCAGCAGCCAGGAGCUCUGCAGCACUACAACUCCUGUGCCACCGUUAGCUAUCGAAGCUAUAGGCACCCAUUGCCACCCCCGCCAGUGCCACCCAAGCCGCGUACCUGCUCCGAGUCCCUGGUCAGCGAUGAGCCAGCGGUGAAGACCCGUCGCCUGGUCAGCCAGCAGUCACCACGCAUUUAUCCUGCACAUGGAAGCAACUGUUGCAUCCGCAAGGGUAUUCCACCGCCGUACUCCUUCUUCGAGGGGAAUAACAACAAUAAUAACUACAACUGUCGGUUUGGAUCGAACGGGGAGUGCUCCUCCGGCCUUGUUAAGGGGCCACGAUCCCUUUGCUACGAUCGCCACGGGCGCCUGACCUUCGACUCGGAACCGGAUCCGGAAGUCGAUCGGAGUUUGACGAACGGAGUCGUACACAAGUCGGUCAGUGAAUCGCGUUUGCAUGUGCCGCCACUGCCGUCGGGUCAGCCUAGUGAACAGUUGUAUUACGGCGAACCCAAAGUCACCUACGAUCCGUAUACCGAUCUGGCGCGUGUGACCGCGAAUGUGAUCAAUCAGGAGAGAAGUGAUCGAGAAAAUUCGUUUUCCCUGCCCCUACAUCAGCAUCGUGUAUGCAAUGCCCAUGUCCAAUUGAAUCCGAUAUAUCCUCAAACGAACCAGAAUUUGACUCACAAUCAAAUCCAGCCUAAGCGAAAUAAUUUACACCUGCCCUGCCACUGCGAAUUCCAUGUGGAAGCUCCAUUUGAAAUUAACAAGGAAAACGGGCACACAAUGGAAAAACGACGUAAUACCCUGGACCGUUUUCAGCGCCUUGGCUUUGGGCGCAAAUCCUCGCCAGCGGCCCCCGCCUCCACAUCCUCCUCCGGGGCUUCCACUUCCGGUCCGGAGAAGCAGCGCAAGACCUCUGAGCGCUCGGAGCGUCUCCGGGAGCUGACCGAACUGCUGAGGGGUGGCGGCAGCGGUGGGGGCAGCAGCUCCCGCGCCUCCUCAACUCCCACACCGCCGCCUCCUCCGCCCCCGCCAGUGCCGCCACCUAGGAAGCCACGUGCCUCCUCCGCUCUGGAGCGCCAGGAUACGGGCGCUAGUCAGACCUCGGAAUCGGAGGCGGGCAGUAGCACUCACCUGAGAGCUGAAGACGCCACACGGCCUCUUCACAGCGGUGGCAGUGCGGGUGGAGGAGGUGGAGGAGGAGGCAUAAGCACUGCCGCCCGCCUAUUUGCCUCACUGCGGCCGAACACGAGUCUCUCCAACCUGGAGGCCCUCAUGUUGAGCAACCGCGAGAAGUCCAAGUCCCCGCCCCCACCUGCGCAGCAGAAUCAGCAUCCGAGGCAGCAGCGUAGAUGCGUAGAUGCGUCGGCCACUGGCAGUGCCAGUUUCGAGAGCACGGCGCUAACAUCGCAGUCGGAAUCGCGCAGCCCCCAGAAGGCAGCCCCCUUUCGUUCCGUCUCGUUUUCGCAGAUCGACUGCAAGUCCACGCUGAGCGCCCUGCGGGAUCGGUUGAGGCGCGACAAGGCCAUCGAGGCACCCAGUCCCAGUCCCACGCACUCCAGGGAGGAGGAUACGGCACUGGGCAGGAUUCCCACGGAUCCCGGCUGGGUCCACAUACCGUUAAAGAGGACGGAGCUAAGCAUCAACCUAAACUACGGGCAAGAGAAGUCACUGGACCACGACGCCAUUCAGGAGGAGGACAUCUUCAGCAACGAGCUAGCGGCGAGUGGCAGCUCGGGAAUUCUCUUCCCGACAGCCACCGCCAGCAGUGUGAUAGCCGCCCACGCCACCAUGGAGUCGCUGACGGAUACCAUUCAGUCGGAGAGCGACUGCCUGAUUCGCGAGGAAGUACAGCCGACCCUGGAGAUUACGCCACCUGCCUCGUCUGUGAGCGGCAGUGCACCCAACUUGGCCACCCUAAUGGAAGAGCAGGUACCACUGGAGGCGCCGCCGGAUAACUUCCUGCAGACAGCUACCACCUGUGAGAUCCCAGUGCCAGUGUACGAGUGUGCCGCCCAGGAGUGGCUGGAGACCCCUGCCCAGGAAUGGGUGGAGGUGGCUCCCGAGGAGUUCGGCAUUGUGCCAGAGACCAUUCAGCCACCCAUCCCGCACGCCGCCUGCAAGGUGUCCCAAACGCAGUCCACUUUAACCACGGCUGUUAGAAGCGAUUUGGUGCCCACCAUCUCCGUGAGUCGCUCGUCAGAGGAGGGCGACGAGUUGGCCAAGAUCGAGGAUGUGCCGCAAGUGGAAGUGGCGACCACGGCCAGAAAUCCACCACUGGAGCAGCACCGCAAGCAAUAUAGCCACGAUGAUCUUGACCUGGCCAACGUGGACCUCAGGAGCUCUCUGGAGGCCAUAGCCACGCCGCGUCACAGCACGGACGAGAGGCAACGGAGGCACCUGGAUAAGUCCACCAAGCGCAAGGGGAUGUACAUAGAUAAUGCCGACUGGCAGGCGCCCACAGAGCCAUCGCCACAUCGUGGUCUGGCUCUGGACAUUAAUGUGGCCAAUUUAAAUGCCAUCAAACCGGAAUCUCCGGAUCCUAGCACGCCUUCCGCCUCACAGAUGUACAUUAGUAGCCCCCAGAGCUCCUACUCCUUCGAACUCAACACUCCGGAGCUGGAAAAGGGUUCACCUUCCUGGGGCAGCGGAGGAUUGGGUCGGGACAAGGCCCAGCUGCUGAGCAACUUCAGCUGUCACAGCAGUGAGGAGAAGGACGACGCCUCCAAUCGAAGCUUUAGCUACCUGCGCUCUGACUCCACCUCGGACAACGAGUGCGAUCGGGCCGCCAGGGAGCGGGAACGGGAGCGGAUCACCUCAAGUCCCACGCCCAGUAGUGGUGACUACGACUACAAGCGUUUCUCGAAGCGACCACUUCGGGGUCCCUACGGCCAGAUGCUCGAGGCGGAGAUGAAGAAGCCCAACAGGAUGCACUUUGAGGAGAUUCUCGAGGAACUCCGUGAGACGGACAGCUUGCACCUGCGAGGAUCAGCUCCUGGUGGGGCAUCCAGUGGAUCCAGUGGCGGAUCAUCCCGCAACCUUCCUCAGUACUCCAACUCGAUGCGGGUGCGCAAAUCGAGCGCCUAUCUGCCGGUGCCAUCCCACGCCCGUGCGGCCUCUACGCCCUCACAGCUGGAGCACGGCAGCAAGGCCAUCACCGCGGCCACCGCCCAGAUCUCCGUGUCCGCCAAGAACCUAACCGAGGCGGAACUGGGUCAGCAGCAGCUGCAUCACAUGAAGCGCGCCGCCUCAGAGGCUCCGGCUCCCAAGUCGCAUCACAGCAAGCGCAGCCAGUCGAUGAGCACGGAGCGUCCCAGCCAGCUGCAUCACCAUCACAGUCACGGCCACAGUCACGGUGGCCACGGUCACAGUCACGGCCACCAUCACACCGCCAAGCGAAGUCCAGAUGAUAAGUCCAAGGAUAAGGGAUCUGCUGCGACCGCUGGGGGAUCGGGACGAUCCGGAGAAAGUGGCAAGGCCGGCCUGAAGCCUACGCCCGCUCUGCUGGCCGAGCUGCUCAAGGGAUCCAGCGAGAAUAUGAUCUCCGAACAAAGGAAGAAGACUAUAGCGGAUACAAGAACCUAUGUGGUCCAGGAGAUCUAUCGCAACGAGCAGACCUACGUGGAGUCCUUACAGACGGUGGUCGUCAAGUAUCUAAAAGUGCUGAAGGCUCCGGAACACGCUGGUAUGAUUGACACCCGCACUGUGGACGAAAUCUUUUUCAUGGUGCCCGACAUCCUGGAGAUACACGAAAAGUUUUUGGGGGAUCUGAAGCAGCGUCUUGACGACUGGGAUGUCCAUCAGAAAGUGGGCGAUGCCUUCAUGGAAACGUUCUCUAAGCUAGAGGUCCUGGAGGUAUAUACAUCCUUUGUAAACAACUGCAAUCGGGCCAAGAAUGCCAUACGCUCUAUGAAACACCAGCGACCCUCGUUCUCCAAGUUUCUGGAGUCCACAGCCCGGGAGCACAAGGGCAAGCUCACCCUGGACAAUCUGCUCAUCAAGCCCGUGCAAAAAUUUCCCAAUUACGAACUGCUGUUCCAACGAUUGAUCAAGCAUACGGAUCACGAUCAUCCGGACACGAAGCACUUACAGGACGUGCUCAAGCUGGUCCAUGACAUUCUGGUUCACAUUAAUUGUAAGGAACGCGAAAUCAUGGAGAAUGGCCAGCGGGAGGCAACACUUCGGGAACUGGAGGGCGUCAUUGAGGGAAUUACCGAUCUGAUAGCACCCGAAAGGCAGUUCUUGCUCUUCGACUUGGUUUCCAUGCCAUCGGGACAGGGAGCUCGCAAGGAUCGUGGCUUCUUCCUGUUCAAUGACCUGCUUGUACUCACGAGCAUCAAGAAACGAAGUGGCACUAUUCGCAAGCCCAAUAGCAGCAUUUGCCCGGGAACAGUGGCCACAACACUGGACACCAACAAGUACAAGUUCCUCACCAAGAUCUCGCUGGACUGCCUGGAGAUUGUCAAGUCCAAAGACGAAAACAUCAAGCGCAUUGUCAGCGAAAUCGAGACUUUGGCCGACGACUGUAAUAAGCUGCAGCAGAUGACCGACAUUGCCGUUUCCCUCAAGUACCCGCAUCAGUAUAUGGAAGACACCAUCCGCGAGCUCCACCGCGAAGUCCAGCGACAGCUCUCCGAGCGCCAGACAAACGACACACAGCUGAAUAUGCUCGAGCUGACAGUCAGUUCUCCAAAUGGCAACCAGAAGCUGACCGUGGUCUUUAACAAGACGGAGAAGCGCACCCAGUGGGAGGAGGCUUUCAACGAGGCCAAGCAGAAGCUGGCUGCCACGCUAGAACGUCAUCCCAUCCCCGAGUUCCUUACCUCGAUACCCAUCCGCAAGACCCGUGCUGGCCUCCAGUUCACCUGUGCGGCGGCCACGUUAAGCGACAAUCGGGACGUGUGGGUGUGCAACAGCGAUGGCUACGUGGGUCAGGUGUGCAUCAUGUCCCUGCAUCCGGAGCCAAAUGUCACAAGUUGCAACGGUGUCUGCAAUGCUCGCAUCUUGUGCGUGGCCUCUGUGCCGGCUUACAGCUCGGCGGCCUCUAGUCGUAACAGCAGUGGGGAGCAGCCACCCGGUGGUCAGGAGGAUAAGGACAAGCGAAAUACCCCGCAACCGCCGCAGCAGCAACAGCAGAGCUACACGCAACAGUUGCGUGACUACCGGAAGAGCAUCUCCCCGAGCUUUCAGAGUGCCUCAACGUCGGCGACGGCUACGCCCGAGAAAAAGAAGACCACUCCCACUCCGACACCGGUGGCUGGAGGAGAUGCUGCGGAUGGCACGACCGCGACCGGCAGUGAUACUCAAUUGGAACUGAACUUGAGCUCCAGUGAGGAUGAGACGGAAGCGGCAGCAGCCACACUGAACGUGGCUGGUGGAAACACUGGAGCGGGAUCUGGUGCAACUCUGUCGGAACGCGUGCCUAGUCCUGCGCCCUCAUAUCAUGGGCAUCAGGAUUCAAAUCCGGAGGAAGGCGAGAGCAAUCAAUCAACGAUGUGGAUAGGCACCGAAGACGGCUGCAUCCAUGUCUACAAUAGCACUGACAAUAUUCGCAUUAAGAAGAAUCGCAUCAAGAUCGAGCACCAUUCGGCCGUCUAUUCCAUUUUGUACCUGGACAAUCGAGUGUUUGUGUCAUUAGCAAAUGGUGAUAUCUGUGUUUACCUGAGAGAUGGUGCCACCUCCUGGAAUACUUGCUCAUCACAUUGCCUUUCCAUUGGCACGGUCACCAGUCCGGUGACCAAGCUAUUGAAUGUCAAUGGCCGCCUUUGGUGCUCCAUUCAGGGCAUUAUCAAAGUCCUGGACGUGGAGACUUUAACGGUCAUCAAUCAGAUACAGAUUUCAUCGGACUCGAAACCGAUCACAAACAUGACAGUCUCGAACAAUCAUGUGUGGAUAUCCAUACAGAACUCAGCACAUAUUAAAUGUUUCCAUUCCAAUAGCCACCAGCUGGUUACCGAAGUUAAUCUCGCCCCCGCCGUAAACAAGAUGCUCUCCAAUUGCGACGAGAUCAUCCGUCAGCACAAGGCCGCAUGUCUGCGUGUCACCUCGCUCCUUUGCUGUAAGGAUCUCAUCUGGAUCGGCACUAGUGCCGGCGUCCUGCUGACCAUUCCGGCUCAGGGUUACGAGAAGGGUGCCAUUAAUAUUGUGCCCACUGGCAUUCCCCACGGCCACACAGGCCACGUGCGUUUCCUCACCUUCGUGGAGACCACAGGGCUGGAAGGAGCAGCGCCAGGAGCAGGAGGUCGGGAUGGUGCCACCAGUGAUGAGUACUCGAAGCAGGGCUCCAUUAAACACUCCAAGUCCAAGUCGGAGACGAACAAUACACUGAUCAUAUCCGGUGGCGACGGCUACGAGGACUUCCGCAACUCCGGAGCCAACUCGCUGAGCGAGAUCGCUGGCCGCGAGGACAGCACCAACCAUUUAUUGAUAUGGCAAAUUUGAAGCAGAAGGCGUAAAAACCGCUGGAGGCUUCUGCUCUCGCGCUGGAAGAACAACAACUAAGGUCACCCAGUGCUUACGAGUGGAGAGCCCGGCGGUUUUUAUGAGCCGAGCGAAAAUCGAUAAUUGAUAAGCAAGAUCCUGCAGGAUCGGCAGCAGCUGCUAAGCUGGAAAUUAGUAGGAUUAGCUAACAGGAGUGACGGACUGAGGGACAAACAUAACCGAAGGGAUGAAUAGUUGAAUUAUGGAUUGCUCGAAGAUCGAUGUAUUUUUUGACUGUCGUCCUCCGACUGGCCACUGAAUUAGUGCCAAAAAAAAUAACAAAAGAAAUAUAUAUGUACGACUCCUGCGCCAAAAUCGAUUUGGGAAGCACAAACUGCUCGCCCCUUCAAUGUAAAUACAGAUCGCACCGAGCAGAUGCAGAUAUGAUACGAGGACGCUGAGGAAAGGAGAUUCCACGAUUCCACCAAGGCAAAGAGUACGAUAGAUAUUUUUGUAUUGCUUAGCAGGCAGACUAAUUGUAAAUCUAAAUCCUAAUCAAGUGUUAAGAGUUCGGUCUAAGUUCGUUUGAAUUGAAAAAUACAGGUCUAACAUAAUAUAAUUCAUAAAUAUAUAUAUAAUAUGUGUUGACUUACGGCAUAUACAUACAUACCUACCUACGCAUAGUGUACGAGUUUAUCCAUCUGAGGUUCGAUCCCAGCCCCAAGAACCUGGAACCCGGAACCCGGAACCCGGAACCCGGAACCCGGAACUCAGAACCUAGAACCCGAGCGCAUUAAUCGAAUUUAUAAUCUACAAAAACCACUCAAACUCAAGGGUCAUGUCACUUACGUUCGCAUGUGGUACGUGCGCGUGCCGAGGAUAGGCUUGUAAAAAUCGUAAUUAAUAAGCAUCUCCCUAUUUUUAUUGUAUACAAUUAAUUAAUAUACAUACAUAUACAU